AUGGGCCAAGGGUCGUCACAACCCGCUGGCUUGGCGCAAUCUGGAGAAUCUGAUGAUGAGUCGAGUACACAAGCCUCGGUGCAAAAUCACUCAAGCUCUCAGAAAAUUGUCAAGAGAUCCAAAGCAGAAUCGCACCAGGGGUCCAGUAAGCGAAGACGGAAAUCCUCCCAAAGCGGCACUAGGCCAGCGACGACAUCCCCUGGUAGCCUUCCGGCCAGCGUUGAAGAGCCCGGUCCCGAAUCGCCGCAGGAGGAUCAAUCGGCUACAGGAUAUAAAUCACGAAGUCCCCCUGAAAGUACCGGCACCAACCACCUAGCCCCUACAACCAGAGUUGAAGAACCGCAGCAGGAGAAUGAGACAGCUCUUAAGCGGAAACGGAGAUCUUUCGAUGGUAACAGCAGUCCCCUACGCGCAUCUCCAGACCCCCAACCCAGCUCAGUCAAGCGGAAAAGGUUGAUCGAUAGCUUCUCAAAUAAUGAUGCUUCCGUUGCAAAGCGCAAGAAUAGGCCACCUGGUCAUCGAUCAAACGACUCGCAGUCCCAGGAUUCCAGUACGCGCCUACCGAAGAGCACACCGUCAUCGGCCCUAAAGAACGACUACAAGGUGUCUCCAUCUCCAGCACUCAGCGUAGGCGGCACUCAGACAAAGGGGCGGCUUAAUCGAUCGAAUGGAACCGUCAAUGCGAAAGGUACAACAGGCGCCUUCCUUCCACAUGAAGUCGAAGCUUUGGAGGACUUCAAGGUUGAAUUCUGCAACGCAAAUGCCUGUUCCACAACGGUUUUCGAUCUUAUGGUACAGCAUGGGAAAGAGGGACCCUUCCCUGGUCCAAGUGGGAUUGGGAAAAGGGCCUUUUGGCAGCAGGUCCACAAGAUCUUGCCGGGUCGGGACAGACGUUCUGUAUACAGGUUUAUGAAGCGCCAUUUCCAGGCUUCUGGCCAGAAGCCCCAUGAGUGGACCGAAGAGCAAGAAGACGAACUUGUGGUACUAUAUCAACAGCAUGGGCCUAAAUGGGCUCACAUCGCGGAGAUGCUGGGCAGGAGCGGAGACGAUGUUGUUCAAAGAUGGAAAAAUCGCCUUGAGCACCGCGACACGAUGAGGACCGGACCCUGGUCCGACGAAGAAACGAAUCAAUUGAAGGAUGCCUUGCGCGCCGCCUGGGACAAGUUGAGAAGCGAAGGGAUCAAUGUCGGCGAAAACAUCUACGAGAUGGACGAGUCACUGAUUCUAUGGAGUCAAAUCAGCAAGAGCAUGCGGCAUGUUAGAUCACGGCAGCAGUGCGCAGACAAGUGGCGCAGGCUCAAGCUUACUGCAGCUGGAUCCUCUCAGGCGAAUUCCCGAGCGAAUUCUCGAAUGAAUUCCCGCAGCGUAACUCCUCAUUCAGCUAAACCAGAAUUCCAUAAGAACUACAAGAGUGCCGCAUACGUUUUCUCCAGCGAGGAUGAAUCUGAGUCUGAUUCGAAGCCUGAAGAGAAGACCAAAACCAAUUCCCAGCUCAAACUGUCAACAUCCGACCAUGGCUCCAAGGAACAUGCUAGUCGGGAAGCCUCAGAAGCAGCAAGCUCUGACAAAUCAGGUGACACAUCCUCAUCAGAAGAAGAGAGCGACAGCGAAGAGGUCGACUCUUCGGAUGUCCCGUCUGUAUCUAAACAAAAGCGUGCAAAGAGCCCUACUAGAAGGUCGGGGACACCAGACGAUAAACGAGUGAAAUUGAAAAAGGAAUCUAGCCCUACUCCAUCCGCUGUUUCGUCUCAGGAGAGCAGCAGUGGAAGCGAGAGCGAGAGCGAAAACGAUAGUGAUGACGAGUCGUCGCGGAGCAGCAGCAGCGAGUCUGAUUCUGGCUCUGAGGUUGAUUCAGAUGUCAACGAAGAGGUAGCGGUUAACAGCUCGCCCAAUAAGUUGAAGGCCCAAAAAAGGGCUGCUGUCAGAAAGUCCAGUUCACCAGCGGACCACACUGGCUCAGAUUCAUCUGUUACAAACUCUAGCGAGUCCAGUGACUCGGAAGACGAACCCCAGGCAAAGAGACCGAUAGCCAGGGACGAAACAGAGCGUGUUGAUAACGUUACAAAUCUCAAGACUGGCGCGAGAGGCGUCAGCGAAAACAGCGAAACCAGGGACUCAAGCAGCGAAGAGUCUGGCUCAGGUUCUGAAUCCGAAUCCAGCUCUGACUCAGAGUGA